AUUUUAAGCCCAUUCCCCAUGUUUGACCCAGAUUCCGAUCAGGAAGAGCAAUGCUACUACCCGGCCAUCCAGGGAUGUCGCUACGUGGAGUCUUUUCAGUUUCUGAAUCGCGUCGAGGAGGGAACCUACGGCGUUGUGUACCGCGCCAAGGACAAAGAAAGCGGCGAAAUCGUGGCGCUGAAGCGCCUCAAGAUGGACAUGGAGAAGGAGGGCUUCCCGAUUACCAGUCUGCGGGAGAUUAGCACACUGCUGAAGGCGAGACACGAAAACGUGGUCGGCGUGAAGGAGAUCGUCGUCGGCAGCAAUCACCUCGACAAGAUCUACCUGGUGAUGGAGUACGUCGACCGCGACCUGAAGUCGAUGAUGGACUCGCAGAAUGUGCCCUUCACCAUCACCCAGGUCAAGUCGAUCCUCUACCAGCUCAUCUCCGCCAUCGCCCACCUGCACGCCAACUGGAUCCUCCACCGCGACCUGAAGACCAGCAACCUGCUGGUCAGCAAGGAGGGCGUCCUCAAGGUGGGCGACUUUGGGCUGGCCCGCGAGUACGGCUCGCCCCUCAAGGACUACACGCCGCUGGUGGUGACGCUGUGGUACCGGGCGCCGGAGCUGCUGCUCCAGGCCGGCCGCUACUCCUACCCGGUGGACAACUGGAGCAUCGGCUGCAUCUUCGCCGAGCUGGUCACCUUCAAGCCGCUCUUCCAGGGCAAGUCGGAGAUCGAGCAGCUGAACCUCAUCUUCAAGGAGCUCGGGACGCCCUCGGAGAAGAUCUGGCCCGGCUACGAGAAGCUGCCCGUCGUGCAGAAGGUCCAGUUUACCGAGUAUCCCUACAACAGUCUGCACAACCGGCUCGGGCGGCGGCUGGGGGAGACUGGUUUCUCGCUGCUCAAUCGCUUCCUCACCUACUACCCGGAGAAGCGGGUCACCGCGGAGGUGGCCCUGGAGGACCCGUUCUUUGACUCGAUUCUCCCGAAGAUCUUCACGCCGGAGCAGAUCUACNGAGAAGAUCUGGCCCGGCUACGAGAAGCUGCCCGUCGUGCAGAAG